CCUUUCUCAUUUUAAUGAUUCAACCACCGGAAAAACCAGUGUCCUUGCCCUCCGUCCUGUGCAUGCCUUCGCUUUCUUCACUCGGUCCAUGGCGAAAGCCCGGGCACCAAGAAGAACAAUAGACUCGUACACAAUUAAAGGCAUCAACAAGAUCAUCAGAGCUGGGGACUGCGUUUUGAUGAGACCUUCGGACUCAUCGAAACCCCCUUACGUAGCUAAAGUGGAGAAGAUAGAAUCGGACAGUAGGGGGAACACGAAAGUACAGGUACGGUGGUAUUACCGGCCGGAGGAGUCGAUCGGAGGCCGGAGGCAGUUUCACGGAGCCAAGGAGGUUUUUCUCUCCGACCACUACGACAUACAGAGCGCCGAUACCAUCGAGGGCAAGUGUACGGUACACAGCUUCAAGAAUUAUACUAAACUCGAUGCUGUUGGUAACGACGAUUACUUCUGUCGCUUCGAGUAUAACUCCUCCACCGGAGCGUUCAACCCCGACAGAGUCGCUGUAUACUGCAAAUGUGAAAUGCCAUACAACCCUGAUAACCUAAUGGUGCAAUGCGAGCGAUGCACUGAUUGAUGUCAGACUUCAGAGCAAACGAACAGGCCCUAAGCUGGAAUUUGUGGAGGCAGGGGUGGUUAGAAGCAUAUGAGGGCAAGGUCAAGUAAGAUGGAUGGGCAGGCUGGCUAGAGGCUCAGCUGGUGGUUUACUAAUUUUUUGGGACAGGAAAAAAUGUAAGUUAAUUUCAUCUUAGGUAGGGGAAUUUUCAAUCUCUGUAGUUUUGGAGUUUGAAGGAGGUAGCCAAAGACAAUUUACCAACGUGUAUGGUCCAACAAUCAGUUCGGAUAGGGAGAGACUUUGGGAGGAUUUAGCUAAUGCAAGAAAGGGACUCAACAUUCCUUGGGUAUUGGGAGGAAACUUCAAUGUUGUCAGGUUCAUGGAGGACAGAAAAGGAGAAACUUGGAGAACUAGGGAUAUGAGAAGGUUUACGGACUUUAUUAACCAGUUUAACUUAAUUGAUUUACCUUUCUUAGGAGGGCAAUACACCUGGACGAACAACCAAGAGAACCCAGCUCUGGUUAAACUAGACAAAUUUCUAAUCUCACCAGAUUGGGAAGAUACCUAUCAGCAAGUGAAACAGGUGGCCCUUCCAAGACCUGUUUCAGAUUAUACUACAAUUCAGUUGAGCUGUGGAGGUCAAGGGUCUAGAAAAUGUCCUUUCAAGAUGGAGAAUGCUUGGUUUGAAGAAGAGUGCCUUUACUUUCUUCAUAGUGGACAGAAAGAAACUUUGAGGGUUCUAGCUCUUAUAUCUUGGCAAAGAAGUUAAGUUCAAUUAAAGAUUAUCUUAAAUCUUGGAAGUAGGAAUUUAGAGAUCAGACGGAAUAUGAAAAGAGAAAUUGCCUCAAUCUGAUCAAAGAAAUAGAUUUGGCGGAGGAGAAUGGUCCGUUACUUGAAGAAGAUAGGAAGAAAAGUUCUGAAGCAAAACUGGUUCUCAAUAAUCUAGCAUAUAGGGAUGAACUGAAAUGUAGGCAAAGAUCAAAAAUCAGCUGGCUGAAGGCAGGGGAUAGAAACUCUGGCUUCUUUCAUAAGAUGGUAAAUGCAAGGAAAAGAAUGAACCAUAUCGAAAAACUGGAGUUUGAUGGCCAAAUGGGAGAAUCUUGAAAUGGACUAAAAAACAUUGCAACCUGCUACUUCUUAGACUUGUUCAAGGAGGGCUGGAAAAGGAGACCUCCUCCCCUAGAUCUUCCGUUUAAUAAAAUAUCAGCAGCACAACAAAGAGAGUUGGAAGCUCCAUUUUCAGAGGAAGAAGUAUGGCAAGUGAUUAAAAAGCUAGAAGUGGAUAAAUCUCCAGGGCCGGAUGGUCUCACAAACAUUUUUUAUAAGAAGUGAUGGGAAGUAGUUAAAGUGGACUUUCUUAAAGUGUUUCAGGAUUUCCAUUCCAAUACUGCCCUUGAAAGAAGUCUGAAUGCUACUUUCAUUUCUUUGAUUCUGAAGGUGGAAGGAACUACAAAUAUGAGGGAUUUCAGGCCUAUAAGCUUGUUGAACAGCUUUUAUAAGAUUCUAGCUAAAGUUUUGGCUGAAAGAAUGAAGAAGGUCCUUAACUCGGUGAUAACCAAGAAUCAAUUUGCUUUUGUGCCAGAGACACAAAUGCUGGAUAGUGUUCUAGUGGCUAAUGAACUGAUCGAUUCAAGGAAAAGGAAAGGAAAAACGGGGAUGCUGUGCAAAUUAGUCUUGGAAAAGGACUAUGAUCACUCAAUUAUCAAAAAAAAAGGACUAUGAUCACUUGAAUUGGAGAUGCUUGGACUUUGUAUUGGAAAGAAUGAAUUUCGAGCACAAAUGGAGAAAUUGGAUUAAAAGUAUGCACCACUUCUCCAAAAAUUUCAGUCUUGGUUAAUGGUCAGUCAACUGACUUUUUCAAGAGUUCUAGAGGUCUUUAGCAAGGAGACCCUCUCUCUCCUCUUCUAUUCGUUUGUGUGAUGGAGGUUCUCUCUGCUUUUGUGAACAGGGUGGGAGAGGAGGGCCUAUGGCAAGGUUUUGAAGCUUCAUUGAUGCUGAUUUGGAGCAAUUGGGUGUGCUUCUUGGGGUAUUGUGCUGGUUCGAAGUAGUCUCAGGCUUGAAAGUCAACUGGGUCAAGAGCAGGUUAAUUACAGUAGGAAAGGUGGAAAACAUAGAUAACCUGGCAGAGGUGCUUGCCUGCCAAGUUGGAUUCCUUCCAACUACUCAUCUUGGUCUCCCUCUGGGGGCUAAAUGCAUAUCCUCUUUGAUUUGGGAGCCAGUGGUGGAGAGGUUAGAAAGGAAACUGGCAGGUUGGAAAACUAAAUCUCUCUCUCUGGGGGGAAGAAUUACUCUUCUCAAGAGUGCAUUAUCAAAUCUUCCCUCAUAUUUUCUGUCUCUCUUCCCAAUGCCAAGAAAAGUAGCUCAAAGAGUGGAAAAAUUGCAAAGGGAUAGUUUAUGGAAAGGGUAGGAAGAAGAGAAGAAGAUUCAUUUGGUGAGCUGGGGUCAAGUUUGUGCUCCAAAAGACAAAGGUGGGCUAGGGAUCAGAAAAAAUGAAGGUCUUCAAUAAGGCUCUUUUGGGGAAAUGGAUUUGGAGAUUUGGCAGAGAAAGAGGGAGCUGGUGGAGGAGUUUAAUUGCAGCCAAGUAUAGCCCUGACAUUGGGGACUGGGUUACUACCAGUUCCAUAAUCUCUCUUGGGGACUGGGUUACUGAGUAAUGGCCUUUCGGUUAAGUUGGGGAAUGGCCAGAGGAUUCGAGUCUGGAAGGAUGUGUGGUGUACUAAUAGACCCUUGCCGAGAUGUUCCCUCAGCUGUUUCAAACGGGAGAAAACCAAGAAGCCUUGGUUGCUGACUGCUACGAGGUUAGAGACAACAAUUGCCUUUGGGGCCCCUCUUUCAGAAGGCAUUUCCAGGACUGGGAAAUAGAUCAAGUAUCAGGGCUGUUGGAGAUGUUAUCUAAUCAGUCUCUGGAUUUAUCAGUAGAUGAUUCAUGGGUUUGGUCAUGGAGCACAGAUGGUCUGUUUUCUGUUACCUCGUUUCCCAGGAUCCUCUCAACAGAUCAAUUUGCUGAUUUCCCGGCUGAUAAAGUCUGGAACCAGAUUGUCCCUUUAAAGCUAAAUGCUUUGAUCUGGGCUGUGGCUCUGGAUAAGUGCCUUACCAAGAGAAAUCUGGAGAGGAGAGGUAUACAGCUGCAGGAUUCUUAUUGUGUGUUCUGUAAUUAAGGGGAGGAAGGUAGCAGCCACUUAUUUCUGCAUUGUCCUAUACAAAAUCUGGAACCACUUCUCUAGGCAGCUAGCUUGGGUCAUGCCUACAACUGUUUUGCAUCUCUUGUGGAGCUGGGACCAGAGAGGCCUAUCUAAAUUAGGAAAAGGUGUCUGGCUCUCAAUUCCUGCAGCUGUAAUUAGCACCAUUUGGGCUGAAAGAAACAGAAAAAUUUUCCAGGAUAAACACAACACUGUGGAUCAGCUAUUGUCCUGUACUGUUGGAAAACUAAUCUCUUGGAAUGCUGUUGCUUUAGGAAUUCAACCAAGGGUAUUGGGAGCCCAGCUGAUCCCUGGCGGCUUCUAAUUGUACUGUUUUCCGGCUUCUUGGUCCCCAGAAUUAUGGUUUUGGGGCCUCUUGUAUUCUGUAACUUGGUUCUGUUCUAAUAUAUAUAUAUAUACAGACACCCUUCAGGCUUCA